CUUGUGCAAUAUUUUCGAGCUUAAUCAUGAUCGUGGAAGCAGACAUUGUCGCCAACAGCUAAAGCAUCCCUACACUCACUCCCACUAGCAUUAGCGCCGAUUCCGAACCCCUGCGUUCGCAUGUUGACGGAUGGUUCUUUCCACUGAUUGAUCCGAAGAGCGACAACAGUGAGCAAUGCUCCAGAUCCGAUCCGCCAUUGAAUGAAUAGAACGCAUGCCAUGACCGUCUACCCUGUGCGAGACUCGCUCGAGCUCGCCUCCCUCGCCUCAUCGAGCGAACCCUCUCCUCAAUCCUCGCUCGCCUCAUCUGCUUCCGACACUCACUCCUCACGCAAGCUCUCCCUCGAUGAUGACGAUCCGCUAUAUGACACUGGCCACGAUGGUCUCACCCCGCUCCGCCGCCCACGAGGUCGCUCCUACUCUACCUCAUCCGCCUUUGACUUCGCCACAAACCUCUUUCCCCUUUCCUCCACUGCUACCGAGUAUACGAGCAUUGGGACGCCCGCCAAUUCUGGUCUCGACUCGACUCACUCAGUGAACGGGGGCAGCCUAGAGAAGCACAAGAGCCUGACAUAUUUGAAUGGGCUCGCUCUUGUGAUUGGUCUCAUCAUUGGCUCUGGCAUCUUCUCAAGUCCUGCACAGGUCAACACAAACGCAGGUUCACCUGGCGCGUCCUUGUUAGUCUGGAUCGUCGCUGGCGUGCUGGCAUGGACCGGUGCAGGUAGCUACGCCGAGCUAGGAGGCGCCAUACCGCUCAAUGGCGGCGCGCAAGUCUAUCUUACCAAGAUAUUUGGCGAGUGCGCCGGCUUCCUUUUCACGUGGUCCGCGGUGUGCGUGCUGAAACCUGGUAGUGCCGCCAUCAUCGCCAUCAUAUUCGGCGAGUACAUGGUUCGAGCUGUCGUUGGAGCAGACGCUAUGCACGUCAGUAUGUGGAUUAACAAAGCUGUUGCCUUCGCCGGUAUCUUUCUUGUUACCUUUUUCAAUUGCUUGUCUACCAAGCUAGGCGCCAGGUUGGCCAACAUCUUCAUGUUUUUAAAAUUCGUCGCCUUGUUGGCCAUAACCGUCGUUGGUAUUGUUGUUGCCUUCACAGGCUUUUCGUGGAGAGACAAGGCAAAUGAGGAGUGGAAACAACAUGGAUGGUUUGAUGGCACAAGCACAAGCAUCUCCAAUUGGGCUGUAGCCAUUUAUGCAGGCCUGUGGGCCUUUGACGGUUGGGACAAUGUCAACUACGUCACUGGAGAGUUCAUCAAUCCGUCCAAAGACCUUCCGCUCGUCAUACACACAUCUGUGCCCCUCGUCAUGGUAUCAUACAUACUCGCUAAUAUUGCCUACUACCUUGUCUUGCCAACGCGCGUCAUCAAUUCGUCCAAUACCGUCGCAGUCGCCUUCGGUCAAGAAGUGUUCGGCCGCGUUGGCGCACUCGUGCUAGCGCUCGCGGUCUCAGGUUCAUGCUUUGGCGCCCUCAACGCCACUACUUUUACAUCAGGCCGUCUAGUAUAUGCAGCCGGAAAAGAGGGCUACCUACCGGCAUUUUUCGGCCGGAUCGGCAUCGGCAGCAGAAAUGGCCUGCGAGUUCAGAUAAGGCCUUCGUCCCACCCGCACAUUGCGUUGCUUGCUCAGUUUAUCGCUGACGACGACGUCGGCGUUUUCUACACGCCAGUGAACGCAAUGGUGCUUAACGCGCUGCUCACGAUUGGUUACGUUAUCGUCGGCGAAUUCAGCACUCUUCUCACCUUUUAUGGCGUUGCCGGAUACACGUUUUACUUCGCUACCGUGCUGGGCCUCAUUGUGCUGCGCGUAAAAGAACCUAACUUGCACCGCCCUUACAAAACCUGGAUAACAACACCCAUAGUCUUCUGUUGUGUUAGUCUGUUUCUACUCUCCCGUACCGUUUUCGCCCAGCCAGGCGAGACCCUCCUUGUCAUCGCCUUCGUUGCAGCCGGCGUGCCAGUCUACCUUUGGAGAGUCAGGGGCCGUGGAGGCGCGGCUAAGAGGGAAUGCAGCACAAAGGGCGCCUCCUGGUGGAAGUUUUGGAGAAGGCUGAUAUAAGUGGGAGUUGAUCUACUCCUCGUUUAGAAACAAAACAAAGGCAUAGCCACGUCUUGCAUAGUGAUGGCUGUAUUUGUAAAGAAAUUUGAUCAAUUUACUCUCUCC